AUGGCUCCGAAGAAGGAAGGCGGACUUGGGGUUGGGGAUGCCGUUAUCCGGAAUACAGCAUUAUUGUUCAAGUGGUGGUGGAGAUUCUCAAGAGAAGACUGCCCCUUAUGGAAGAAAGUGGUUUGCUCCUGCGCCAAUAUGGAUCCUGCGGUGAUGAUUCGAGACCAGCCUGUCCCCACUCGAGGAGGUCCUUGGAAGGAUAUCUGUCAGCUACAAGUCUGCGAGCCGCGUUUGAGAGAAAAGAUGAUAAGUGGAUUGUCUAUGGAGCUUGGGAAUGGUAGAACGAUCCGAUUCUGGGAGGAUAGCUGGUUGCCUAAUGGGGCAUUGAAAGAUAAGUUUCCUCGGCUUUUCUCGGUUUCAAACCUUCACGGCGCUGUUGUAGGGGACUGUGGGUUUUGGGAUGGAUUAGAAUGGAUCUGGAGCUUCCAAUGGAGGCGGGAGUUGUUUCAGUGGGAGCUGGAUCUGGUAAGACAACUUCAUGAGACCUUGCAGCUAGCCAAGCCUACAAAUGAAAGAGAGGAUACUGUGAUUUGGAAAUUUGAUAAAACAGGUGCUUAUUCAAUGAACUCCUUUGUACAGACGAUGCAGGUGGAAGUUCUUCCGGAUGAAAUCACUAGCUAUAGCUUCACGCGCGCCAUAUGGAAAGGACUCGUCCCUCCAAGGAUUGAGCUCUUGUCUUGGUUUGUGUUGGUUGGAAGGGUGAAUACCAAGGAUCGUCUGUGUAGAUUACGUGUUCUUGACCAGAAUGACAGGCUUUGUGUACUUUGUUCUAAAGCUGAGGAAACUGUAUUCCAUUUGUUUCUUGGGUGUGAUAUCACAUGGCAAGUGUGGUGUGCCUGGUUGCAUGCGUUUGGUAGGAGUUGGUGCUCGCCCGGUACUCUCAAAGCCCACUUCGAAAGCUGGACGAACAUGGCAGUAUGGAAGGUCGAGAGAAAGAGGUGGUUCAUUGGGUUCUCUGCUAUUGUCUGGACAAUCUGGAUAGAAAGGAAUGGCAGGCUGUUUCGCAAUAAAGCAUCCACAUUGCGGGAAAUUGUAAACAAGUCUUUUGCUUCUGCUGAGGAAUGGAUUGGAGGUGAACCCUUUGGUUGUUGA